GCUUGGACAGACAGACUCCAGCCACCAACACAGUGAGUCACAAACUCACAAUGGCCACAGCAAAGCAGCAACUGCAGCUUCUCGUCACAGUAGUACUCGCUCUCUUACUCGCCGGGGACGUGGUCUCCGCCCGUCGGCGACCGGUGCACCUGCGGCUCUACAUGCACGACAUCAUCGGCGGGCCGGAGCGGACGGCCAUCCGGCUCAUCUGGGGAGUCGGGCCGCCGCAUACGUCCAUGCCGGGCAGAUGCUUCGGCGACACGGUGGCGAUCGACGACCUCGUCACGGAGGGCCCCGGCAUCGACUCCAAAGCCGUCGGCCGGGCGCAGGGGACGUACAUGCUGACCUCCCAGCACGAGUCGGUGAUCGUGGUGGCCAUCACCGUCGUGCUCACCGAGGGCCCCUACAACGGCAGCACCAUCGUCGUGGCCGGCCGCGACCGCAUCCAUGAUGAGACGAGGGAGCUCGCGGUGGUCGGCGGGACGGGUCAGCUCCGGCAGGCCGCCGGUUACGUGCUGUGGACGACGGCCAAGCUGGAGUCGAAGCUGCAUAUGGUGCUGGAGCUGGACGUGCACGCGUCUGUGCCGGCGAACGCUGCUGCUGCUCGCGGCCAUUCGUCACUUGCGAGCGAGUAAAACGCAAACAUCUAUCUCAACCGCAAUUUCGAACAGAGCCUGCUGCUUUUUUUUCAUCUUCUUGUAUUUCUUUUCUUUUUCUCUCUCUUGAGAAUAAGAAAUUAAAAGGGCUAGCUGAUACCGGCCCCAGCUUCUCUUGUAUUGUAUGGAUAUGGAAAUCAGCCAGGCUCCAGAUGAUCUGCCGUUGUGAUCUUUCAUCA